UGAGUAGUGGGUUUUGACGUAGCUGCGCCUAUGUAUUCAAUAAGGAAGUUGGAGAUCCCGGUAGUUCCCCUUUACUACAAGAGAACUAUUACAUAUAUUCGCUCACAACUGAGCACUUGUCCAUCGCAUGUUUAAUCAAAACCGGUCUUUUUUAUUUUUAUAGUUUCCCCCGUUUUGAGGCGAAAUUCAUCCUUAUAUUUUCUGAAAUAACCUAAAAUCCGACAAUGGAUAGUGCUCACCUGACUGAGGACGAAAUGGCUGAAAUAAAGAAGGAAGCCAUAGAGAGGUUGCGGCCAUACCUUGUUGAUAAGAUAAUUGCUGAGCGACACUUCGAUUACUUGCGCUCUAAGAAAAUCCUGACCAGAGAAGACACGGAGGAGAUCAGCUGCAGGACCACAAGAGGGAGACGCACCAGCAAGCUGCUUGACAUCCUUGCAGAAAACCCCCGUGGUUUAGACGUGCUCAUUGAGUCCAUUAAAUGGGGCAGAACGCUUAACUUCAUCAUAGCAAAGAUCACAGAUGAAGUGCAGCGUGUGAAAAAUGAACGACUGGAGGCCCUAAAAGCAGGGUCCUCAGCCAGCUCAGGAUACUCCUGCACAAAGGUAGCCACAAGUGACCUCUCCAAGAUGGACAACAACUAUGACAAGUGCUCCACUAUAUGUUAUCACCCUGAUGGGGAAAGAAGUCCGUCCACCUCUGUCGCUACAGAAUCCUUUAACCUGCGCCAUGGAUCAGGCAGAGGGAAUGAAGCUCUGUCGCCCUGUGGAGGUACUGGCAGCAUGAAUGUGUCAACCACAACAUCAUCAAGCCUGCCCAAACCUGGUGACCCUGGAGCUCCAGCACUUCCCGAGGAGCUGGAGGAGGAGGAGGUCCAGGACAUUGAUACCGGUGUUUGUGGGAGCACAGGAAGCAGCGGAGAUGCCAAUUUCCAGCCGCUACGCUCACGUUCUUUGUCUCCACAAAUACCAUAGCUUUAUUCCAGUAACAGUCUCUUUAUAUAUUUAAAUGUCACAAGUUAAAACGAUGUCAUGGAGUUUGUGACAAUGUUAUUAUACUGUCAGACUUGGGGAGAAGGGUUCCUUCAAGAUCUUUGAAAUAAUAUGUAAAAUAGUAACAGCUGGUUGUUAAUUAACUACUUAAAAGGAAUGGGUAUUUUUGUCAUUUUUGUUUGCUCGAGUACAGAACAGAGAAAUUUACUGAAAACUCUGGGGCGAAAUCAUGAAGCAGUUGCACCACUCUGUGCUAUUUGCCCAGCGCAAUAAACAUUGUGCUAUUACCGCCCAAGGAAAACAGGUGGUAAGGUGAAUUUAAUUUUAAUGAAAUGUUUGUGUACAUUUUAAUUUGCUCAUGGCAGCAGUAAUUUAUCAAACAGUGAAGAAGAGCGUUAAAACCUGGCAUAUGUCCAGAUGCGCUACGUAGUUAAACACACUUUCGGCAUGUUAAAGAGAUGAUUCAGGUGUCUGGAUCACCGUAGUGCAAUGGUGCUGUUCAGACCUGGUAGAGUGUGUCUGAUGCACACAAAUAUGCAGCGCUUUUUACCGGGUGCAAUUCAUUCUUUGUAAAUUCCACUCUCAGUUGUCCCAGUUGAGUGCACUUUUAAACAUUUUGGUCUGUACAUGUUUGUCAGACAGACAUUUUUGACCACAUAUUGCUACGUGGUUCUAAGUGCCUUGCACCAUGGUUAUCGCAUUUUUAAGUUUACAAUAGUUCUUGUAAUCAAACUUUUCAAAACACAUCUUCAGACCCUGUUCAUUUCAGAAUUCUGCUGCUGCCCUGGACAGAAAGUCAUCAUGUUGUGUUAUAAUGUAAAUUGCUGCCUGGCCAAAUGGAAUCCCCCAAAAUGAUGGUUUAAAUAAUAAACCAUCAUUAAAAAAUGAAAUGUUAAAAAUGUUACGUGCCUUUUUGACACUUGCAUACAGUUGUUACUGGAUUUUGAUUAGUGUGUAAAGAUUGAUAUUUUUCUUUUUCUUUUUCUCCCCAAUUUGGAAUGCCCAAUUCCCAGUGCGUUCUAGGUCCUCGUGGUGGCGUAGUGACUGGCCUCAAUCAGGAUGAAUCUCAGUUGCCUCCACGUCUGAGACCAUCAAUCUGCGCAUCUUAUCACGUGGCUUGUUGAGUACGUUACCGCGGAGACGUAACGCGUGUGGAGGCUUCACGUUAUUCUCCGCAGCAUCCAUGCACAACUCGCCACGCGCCCCAUCGAGAGCGAGAACCACAUUAUAGCGAUCAUGAGGAGGUUACCCCAUGUGACUCUACCCUCCCUAGCAACUGGGCCAAUUUGGUUGCUUAGAAGACCAGGCUAGAGUCACUCAGCAUGCCCUGGAUUCGAACUCACGAAUCCAGGGGUGGUAGUCAGCGAAAAUACUCACUGAGCUACCCAGGCCCCCUAGAUUGAUCAUUUCUUAGUAACGUGGUACGCGUGCUCAUCCCUAUUAUUUAACAACUGGUUAAUCACAGAGCCAAUCCAGGAUGAUCUGAGGUAUGUUAGAGUUGCACAAAAGCAUAAUUCCUUUGAAGUCGGGUACACAUUGUACUAUUUAUGGUCCUUAACGAUUGUUGCUUGUCAGACUGUAAAAUAUGACCCCAGUGAGAUCUUUGGCACACUCUGCAACAUUGUGUCAGACUGUAUGAUACACAUUGUAGUCAAAACCUCUGUCCCAAUCGAUAGCGUUUACGGCCCCUGCACACUUGCUACGAAAUCAAAGAAUUAACGGGUGUGAUGUCAUUUAGAACAAAAUCUGGCCAAAAAGUAGGGUUUUUUUUUAGUUGUUUUAUUUAUUUUUUUAUUUUUUAGGUCGUUCAGAACAGCUCACCAGAGCGAACUUUCAGGAAAACUUCUUACCGGCUGCUAAACACCUUCUUACUGCCAUUGGUCCAUAUCAUCGUUAGGUGUUUUUGGUCAACAAAGGGAAUCAAAUCUACUCAAAUACUCUUAAAUGCCCAUUCACUCAUGUGCCAUCUGCAGCUGAAAGCCAUUCACACGUCUGCCCAAAGUAAAGUGUGCCUGUCAUUAUUCUACCCAUUAACACCCAUCUUUGCAGUAGUAUCAGUGUCAUCAUAAACUACAAUAACAGUGUAAUCAGCCCGUAUUAUGGCCAUGUUUUAGCGCAUUAUCGCCAUGAAUGCCAAAGGUAAACAUUACAAACAUUGCCAAAACUUCGUUGGAGGCUAAGAUUUAUCGCAAAGUCAAUUCAUCGCCGUCGGUAAACGUGUCACACUAAGUAAUUAAAGACUGACAGUUUUGCCCUAUCACAAGAAAAAUUGUUUACGAUCCCCACAGUAAGUCUCAGAUGGCAAAAUCCUGGCCAAAUAGUUAAACAUUUAAAAACCCUGUUCCAUUCAGAACGCUGUUGCUGCUGUACCAUUAUGAAGUAAAUUGCUUUCUGACCAAUCGGUUUUGCCGAAAAUGAUGACAAAAUUGUGGCCAAAACCAUACAGUGUGAACGACGCUUAACUCAUGUCACCAUUGGUUGCAUUUAUGUCUUAAAUUUUGUCUUUGACUUUUAGGUUUUUUCAAUGGUCAAGUUUUCAAAUGUCUUUUAUAUCUAAAUAUUUGUAUUUUUAUCUAAAACACCAUUGGGACAUCAGUGCGACAUGGAUGAAACUAUUCUCUUUACUCUGCAGUUGAAAGAGGGUAUCACUGGCCACGUUCACACAGAAACAGAAUGUGCUUCUCUUUCUUGUUUUAUAAUCUUGAAUGUGGUUAUGUUUACACACAAUUUGGUUAUUUAUGAGAGUGACAACUACAUUCUAUAAUCAAACUGACACUCUUAAAUUUCCCUUUGUUAUGGAAGUCACCAUCUUUUAGUCACUGUCAUUAUGGUUACAUGUGUUACUCAAGCUAUUGUGAGAAUAGAAUGCGGGCUUGACUUCAGUUAUAUGCUCAUGUAGACAGUAUUCAAGCCGCUACUGUUAGCUGUUGUAUGAACAGAGCAUUUCUAGGCUCACACCUGUAAGUAAUGUGGUUGUCAAUCUCAAAGUCUGACUGUGGCCAAUGUGAGAACAUUCAAAGUGUCAUUGUGCAAAUGUAAAAAAAGUGAAUAAAAGGAAAUCUAGAAAAUCUAUAAGGAGCAUCUUUUACAAGGGAAGAGUAAAUUAUUUUAUUAAUGGUAAGGUUUUACAUGCAUCAUGUAAAGGCAAGUAGAGAGUGGCACUGGAGUAGCAUAUCAGAAAUGUCUGACUUAGACCACUGUUUUCAGUGGAUAUAUUUUCAUAAUACAGUUUACAUAAUAAUCAAAUCACAAUAUUAAAAAAUGCACAGGCUUUGUUAAUAUAGUGUUUUGUCAACACUGUGUUCCUUAUCGUAAAGUAUUAAAGAACGGGAGUCAUAAAUCUCCUUUUUCAGUCUAACAGUUCUGUAGAAUAGUCUCCUCUUGUGAAAUUUAAUUUACACUAUGUUUACAGUAUCACUUAUUGACUUUGAUCCCACAAAAAUGUAAUAUUUGGGUUUUCAAAUUUGAUGGUCUUUUUUUCUUUGUGGCUAAAUUAAUUACUGUAUAUGCUGGAGAAUGAGAGACUUUACCCCAUCAAGGACAUUAUGGAAAUAUCAUGCUUCAUACUGAUGGCCAUGUGAACUUUAAAUAUUUAAAUAUCCUUUCGAAGGUCCAUAUCCAUCAUCUGCAUAGGACCAUAACUGACAGACUGAAAAAAAAUGACAUUUAUUUUUACACAAUUUUCCUAAAAGUGGUUGUUAAAUUUGUUUAGUUAUCCUACAAUAAAGGCAUAAAAUCA